AUGAUCAUCGACACGAAUCAAUACAGCAGUGAACAGCUACCAAAGAGUGGUGAAGAAUUAUGGGCAGCUGCAGAUGCCAUUUCAAAAGAGGUUAAUCGUAGUUGGAAAAAGGGUAAACUUUACAAGUUUAACAAAGGAAUUGAAGUUCAAACCUACAGUACAACGAAGAAGGGUGAACAAUGGCUAUGUCGUGUUUCCAAGCAUAACUUAACCAAACAGCAAUAUUCUAAGGUUUUAUACGCCUUAUUAGGUGUAGAAGAAGGUCCUGAUGGUAAAUGGAUUAUGCCUGAAAGAUCCAGGCGUAGUAUUAUUGAAGCUCAAUACAUCGACGUUCUGAAAAGGGUUAACAUCGAAGAAGAAGUUAACGGAUGGGUUAGAAUUAAUUCUCAGUAUGAAUUAGGUGGUCCAUUAGCCGCAAGGGACUUUAAUCAAUGGGUGUACCCAAUGGAACCAUUUAAGGAUGCCAAUGGUAUUGAAGCAUCCCUUGUAGUUUCAUUAAGGGCUGAUAAUGAUAUUAAACCCGAAGCCAAGGCAAAAGGUCAUGUUCCAGCAUGGUACGUCAGUGUAGAAAGGUUAGAAUACAACUAUUCUACCUCUGAAUUUACCUGGUUGAAUUGUUCGGCAAGCGAUGCCGGUGGUAACAUUCCUAAAUGGUUACAAAGUGCUACCAUUGCAAAGACUGUCGCUCAAGAUGUUCCAAACUUAUUUGAUUACUUAGGCAUGAAUUAA